GGCACCGUGGGCUGUUGCUUGUGUAAUAUUAGUCAGAGGAGUGUGUGAUUUGUUUUUUUGGCUGAGUGUUUGAUCACAGCCAAUCCGAGCCCCACAUUCUGAUAACAUCCACAUGCAGACUCUCUGAUCAACUAGAAGUGAGACUGAACGGCGCUGGUUGUACAACCAGAGCUGUCUGAAGCUCUCUUCACCUCGUCUUGAGUACGUAUAUGGGAUUCAGUCUUGCAGGCAACAGCGCUGCUCACUCCUGACAAUCUCAGUGCACAUCAACAUCCCCCGAUUCCAGAUACCAAAUCUGCGGCCGGCCAGCAUUUCUUCUCCAGGAUGUAUCAGAAGUUCAUCAUCCUCCUCUUCCUUGUUGGGACAUUAAUGGUGGCGGUGGAAUUGAAAAAAAACCGGCCUCCCGGAGCCAUUCCUCCCCUUUACAAGGGAAAUACCAACAGCUCAGAGAAGCGCAGGAGAUCCGACGUCCUAGCGUCCAGCCAAGAGGCACUAGUGGUGACAGAGCGCAAGUACCUGAAGAGUGACUGGUGUAAGACCCAGCCCCUCAGGCAAACCAUUAACGAGGAUGGUUGUCUGAGCCAAACUGUCAUCAACAGAUUCUGCUAUGGACAAUGCAACUCCUUCUAUAUCCCCAGGCAUGUUAAAAGGGAUCAAGAAUCUUUCCAGUCCUGUGCCUUCUGUAAACCACAGAAAUUUACUACCCUGACUGUCAAGCUGGACUGCCCUGACCUGCAGCCUCCCUUUAGACACAAGAAAAUCCAGCGAGUCAAGCAGUGCAAAUGUAUGUCAGUAAACGUGAAUGACUGGAGCAAGCAGUGAGAUAAGAUAAACAACUACAGCCUCCCCAGUUAGUAGGAAAUACACCCGACUUUCAGCACAGCCAUCAGAUACAUACCUGUAGAAAACAAACACUGUACAAAACCUGCCCUAAUGCAUGAGCAACAUUUUUGAGUUUGAGCAUGGCCAGUAUUUAGGUGGGAGAGUUGGGCUACCCUGGUCAUCCAAACACUGAAUACCUGUAAAAAAAAAUCUUAAUUGUUACAGAAAAGAGAACAAAAUCCUUCUGACAAAAUUUUGUUUAAAAAUAAAUUCCAUUCUAAUAUUACAAGCUGCCCGAAACCCAUUUGCUGGCUCCAAAUAGCUGAAAUACAGCCGUCCCUAUUCUGACUAUCUUUAAAGAUAUUUUCUUACAGUCUGGACAUUUUCACUUUCAUUUUGCUCACUGCUGUCGCCCAUGAUUUGAUACGGAUGUGGUGCCAAACCAGAUAGGAGACUUUUUGAUGGUUCAAUGCAGAUAAGAGAAUUUGAACUGCUUAGACUGUGGACAGACAUGAACUGUGCUCCUGGUGCACAGAGACAGAGCCUGGGAGUGAGCCAGUACUCUGCGCCUCUGAACAGCCAAAAAUCCAGGUCUUCAACAAUGUUUUACAUGGGAUUAUGCUGAUCAAACUGCAUUGAAGAUAAUAGUAUAUAUUUAACUAUUCAAAACAUUUUUUUAAUUAUUAUUUUCCUUCUUUGGCCUUCUGUAUUUCAGUAUUCAUGACCAUAAUUUUGUACAUACAAGUAUGAAUUAAUGGCACUUUUCAAACAUUAUCUCAAUGGAGCUGAAUAUAGAAAAGGCACUAAAUUGACAAUGGAUUAUAUUUCCUCUUUUCUUUUAUAAACGAUUAUUGUUAAUAUAUGAUGAAAGUGUAAAUUAGUACAGUUAUUUGUUGUAUAUUCUUUAUUUUAUCUUUUUUAACUGCAUGUGGACAGUAUUUUGUUCUGGUGUUUCAGAAGUGACAGUGAGCCGUGUUGUGCGGUCUCAAUAAUACAUCAUUGUAAUAGAAGGUAGUUAUUCCACUAUAUGUUUUUGUUGCAUUUAGUAUCGCAUAGAAAUGCAAGUUGAAACUUAACUGUCAGAAGGGACAUGGUAUUAAUUAAGAAAAAAAGUUUGUGCCACAAAUAUUUUUGCUCAAUUAAGCCCACUCAUUACAGUGUAGAUACACAAAGUAUUGCUGCAGAUUAUGUAGAACAAAGGGGAAAACCAUUUAUUGCAUUGCUAUUUUACACAUGAAAAGAUUUUAAGCACUUGGGAUCUAAAACGCAUAAUGAGCAAAACAUGCAGUUGUAACAGUAAAAGCUUUUUAGUUGAACAGAUCAGUUUGUUUACAGGCAAGUACAUUUUUGUUCUGCAGAUUUCAUCAAACGUUGUUCAGAGGCCAUUGCAGGGUGAUUGUAACCCUUGGUGCAAUGGUGGAAUUCUAUUUAAUAAUUGAAUCUCAAUAUAAUGAGCAAAAUGCUGGAUUUAAAUAGACUAUUGUCUGGGUUUGUGGUUUGGUACUGAUGAUCCCAAUCUGUUGACAAUGAUACCGAGUAACAGCCCUGGGUCUUUAGCAGUGGUGGCGUGGACCUGCAUCUUUUCCCUCGCAACUUCGCAAUAUUUUGACUAUGGUCUGCCUUUCUGGACCAUUUGCCGUAGCUAUUCAGUUCUGGUUUCCUUCAGUAGAACUACAACAUGGACAAAAGUUUUUCAUCCGAUUGUACAGUUGAUUAUGACUUCUUAGGAGACAAUUUGACUUUGGCAGAUUCCCACAUUCUGGUUUUUAAAACUCUUCUCUUGUCCAACAGAAGCUAGUUUUCCUUAGUCCUUAGGGUUUAAUAUUCUACUUGAGUUAUUGAGUCACAGAGGACUACAGCAGAGAAACACACCCUUUGCUCAUUUUGCCCAUGUUAAAUUGUUAUUCUGCCUAAUCCAUAAGACAUAGGAGCAGAAUUUAGUCCAUUGAGUCUGUCCUGCCAUUCCAUCAUGGCUGAUAUAUUAUCCCUCUCCACCCUAUUCUCCUGCCUUUGCCCCUUAACCUUUGACACCCUGAUUAAUCAUGAAGCUAUCACCCUCCGCCUUAAGUAUAUGACUUGGCAUGCCCAGCCAUCUGUGGCAAUGAAUUGCACAGAUUCACCAUCAUCUGGCUAAGGAAAUUUUUCCUCAUCCUCAUCUCUGUUCUAAGUGGAAGUUCCUGAUUUCUGAUUCUGUGCCCUCUGGUCCUAGACUCCCCCAUUAUAGGAAACUCCCUCUCCAUAUCUGCUCUAUCUAGGCCUUUCAAUAUUUGAAAUGUUUCAUUGAGAUUCCCCCCCUCCCCAUUCAUCUACAGCCCUAGAGUCGAUAAACACUCCUCAUUUGCUAAUGCCUUCACUCCUGGGAUCAGUCUCGUGAAUCUCCUCAAUGUCAGCACAUCUUUUCUUAGGUAAGGGGCCCAAAACUGCUCACAAUACUCCAAGGCAGUCUGAUCAAUCCCUUAUAAAAGCUCAGCAUUAUAUCCACGCUUUUGUAUUCUAAUUCACCCAAAAUGAAUGUCAACAUUGCAUUUGCCUUCCUCGCCACCAAUUUAAGGAAUCCUGCGCAAUGACUCCGAAGUCGCAGUUCAGCUCUGGUUUUUGAAAUUCCUCCCCAUUUAGAAAAUAGUCCAUGACUUUAUUCCUUCAACCAACAUGCAUGACCAUGCACUUUCCUACACUGUAUUCCAUGUGACACUUUGCCUAUUCUCUCAAUCUGUCUUGCAGACUCCCUGCUUCCUUAACACUACCUGCCCCUUCACUUAACUUCAUAUUGUCUGCAAACUCUGCCACAAAGCCAUCAAUUCAUUAAUCAGAGUCAUUGACAUAUAGUGUCAAAAGAAGUAGUUCCAACAACGACCCAUGUGGAACACCACUAGUCACUGGUAGCCAACCAGAAAAGGCACCCUUUAUUCCCACUCUUUGCCUCCUGCAAGUCAGCCAAUCUUCUAUCCAUGCUAGCAUCUUUCCUGUAAAACCAAAGGCUUUUAUUUUGUUAAGCAGCCUCAUUUGCAGCACCUUCUCAAAGACCUUCUGAAAAUCCAAAUAAACAACGUCCACUGACUCUCCUUUGUCUAUCCUGCCUGUUAUUUCCUCAAAGAAUUCUAACAGAUUAGUCAGGCAAAAUUCCAACAUCUUCACAACCACUGAAGUCAGGCUCACUGGCCUAUAAUUUUGUUUCUUCAGCCUCCCUCCCUUCUUAAAGGGUGGGUUGAUAUUUGCAGUUUUUCAGACCUCUGGAACCAUUGCAGAAUCUGGUAAUUCUUGAAAGAUCAUUAUUAACGCCUGUACAAUCUCUUCAGCUACCUCCUUCAUAUCCCUGGGAUUCUCCAUCUGGUCCAGUGGACUUACCUACCUUCAGAGCUUUUGGCUGCCCAAAAGCCUUCUCCUUAGUAACAACACUCACUUCUGCCCAUAACACUCUCACAUUGCUGGCAUUCUACUAGUGCUUUCUGCUGUGAAGAUUGAUACUUGUUCUGUUUGUCAUUUCUUUGUCCCCCAUUACUACAGCAUCAUUUUCCAGCGGUCCAAUAUCAACUCUUAUCUUUCUUUUACUCUUUAUAUAUCUGAAAAAUGAUUUUGUAUCCUUUUUAUGUUAUUGACUAGCUUACCUUCCCUAUUUCAUCUUUUCCCUCAUGGCAUUUUUUAGUUGUCUGCUGUUGGCUUUUCAAAGCUUCCCAAUAUUCUAACUUCCCACUAAUUUUUGCUCUGUUAUAAUUCCGCUCUUUCUCUUUUAUGUUGGCUUUGAAUUCCCUUGUCAUCCACGAUUGCGUCAUUCUGCCUUUAGAAUGCUUCUUUGUUGGGAUGUAUCUAUCUUGUGCUUUAUGAAUUGUUCCUCAAAACCUAAGCUUCCAUUCAGCUUUGGGUAGCUCCUCUCUCAUGCCUCUGUAAUUCCCUUUCUUCCACUGUAGUACUGAUAGAUCUGAUAUUAGCUUCUCCUUCUCAAACUGCAGGAGGAAUUCUAUCAUGUUAUGAUCACUGUCUCUUAAGGGUUCCUUUAUCUUAAGCUCCCUAAUCAAAUCUGGGUCAUUACAUAACACCCAAUCCAGAAUCGCCAUUCACCUAGUUUGCUCAAUCACAGGCUGCUCUAAAAAGCCUUCUUGUAGGUAUUCUACAAAUUCCCUUUCUUGGGAUCCAGCACCAACCGGAUUUUUCCAAUCUACCUGCAUAUUGAGAUCCCACAUGAUUUUUGCAGCAAUUUUUUUUUACAUGUAUUUUCUAUUUCCCAAUGUAAUUUGUAGCCCACAUCCUGGAUACUGUUCGGAAGCCUAUAUAUAAUUCCCAUCAGGAUCUUUUUAGUCUCAUCAACCAACACCUGGAUAAUAGCCCUCCAUAACCCUCCCAUCCAAGUACCCAUCCAAACUUGUCUCAAAUGUUGAAAUUCAACCUGUUUCUGAGUGAAGCCCCCUCUCAAAUUCCCCUGAAAUAUUUUACCUUCACCAUUAGCAUAUAACCUCUAGUUCUAGUUUCACCCAAUCUCAGUGAAAAAGCCAGCUUCAUUAAUCCUAUUUAUACCACUCAAAAACUCUCUUCAUUCUCCUAUGCUGCAUGUAAUGUAGUCCAACAUAUCCAACCCUUCCCUAUAACUCAAAUCCUCAAGUCCUGGUAAAAUCCUUGUAAAUUUCCUUUGUACUCUUUUUAAUCUUAUUGAAACGUUUCUUGUAGGUAGGUGACCAGAAAUGCACACAAUACUCCAGUUUAGGCCUCACCAAUAUCUCGUAGAAAUUGAACAUAGCAUUCCAAUUCUCAUCACUUAUCAACUUUAUUCAUCUUCACGGUUUCAUUCUUGGAUUGUUUCUCAAUCAGAUUUCAAUGUUGGAGUCUUGAACUGCCACUAGAUGUUAAAAUCAAAAUAGAGACAAUUCAUGUGAAAAUUCACAGUGUUAAUCAAGAUUGAACUCUGAGCAUUUGGUGUCUCAGAUUCAAAGACUUCAGUUGAGUAACAUUCUAGUCAUUUAUAGAUAGAACGAACUUACUUCCAUCCUUCCUACAGUCUGGUUUGUUUCCUUUCUGUUCACUCAUUGAUAAUAUCUGCAUCCUUCAAAUCCCAUAGACAACCUAAUCAUCAAAUUGUAAGAUGUCUACCAAUGCCUACAAUCACAUUUAGAAACACAUUCUCAUCUUACAAAAAUCAUACAGGGAAUGACAGGCAUCAGCUCGGAUUUGAUUUGUUCCAAAAGUUAAGUUUAAUAAUUUUUUAAAAUCAGAACAAUGUAACUUCGUAUUGAGGUUCAUGAUAUAUAAAGAAAGUUGCCUUGUACUGGCUAGAAGAGCUUACAAAGAUUUAUGGAUACUAUUAAAAUGAAGAAGUGCUAUCACACUGAGAAAUAUGAUUAUUUUAAAGUUACUCUGUAAAUUAUAUAGAAGAAAAUAAUAAAUAAGUUCUUGAAU